AUGCGGUCCUUCAUGAAUCUGCACUGGGACUCAGGAAGGACCAGUUCUGAUACGUGGUUGAUGAGGCACAUUGACAUUGCCCAGUCCCUGUGUCGUGUGAAAAUACAAGACAAUGCUGUGCCAAGUAUAUUCCCCUUUCCAGGAAGUGAAAAGUCCAUCAGUGCACCACCCACACCAGUGCCCGCAGUGCCCUCCUCUCCUCUGUAUGACCAUGCAACACCCACACCAGUGCCCGCAGUGCCCUCCUCUCCUCUGUAUGACCAUGCAACACCCACACCAGUGCCCGCAGUGCCCUCCUCUCCUCUGUAUGACCAUGCAACACCCACACCAGUGCCCGCAGUGCCCUCCUCUCCUCUGUAUGUCCAUGCAACACCCACACCAGUGCCCGCAGUGCCCUCCUCUCCUCUGUAUGUCCAUGCAACACCCACACCAGUGCCCGUAGUGCUCUCCUCUCCUCUGUACGUCCAUGCAACACCCACACCAGUGCCCGCAGUGCCCUCCUCUCCUCUGUAUGUCCAUGCAACACCCACACCAGUGCCCGCAGUGCCCUCCUCUCCUCUUGCCCGCAGUGCCCUCCUCUCCUCUGUACGUCCGUGCGACACUCACACCAGUGCCCGCAGUGCCCUCCUCUCCUCUGUACGUCCGUGUAACACCCACACCAGUGCCUGCAGUGCCCUCCUCUCCUCUGUACGUCCAUGCAACACUCACACCAGUGCCCGCAGUGCCCUCCUCUCCACUGAACGUCCAUGCAACACCCACACCAGUGCCCGCAGUGCCCUCCUCUCCUUUGCCCACCAAUGCAACACCCACACCAGUGCCCAUAGAGCCCCCCUCUCCUUGGCCCACCAAUGCAACACCCAUACCAGUGCCCACAGUGCCCCGCUCUCCUUUGCCCGCCAGUGCAACACCCACAUUAGUGCCCACAGAUCCCCCCUCUCCUUUGCCCGCCAGUGCAACACCCACACCAGUGCCCGCAGUGCCCUCCUCUCCUUUGCCUGCCAGUGCAACACCCACAUUAGUGCCCACAGAGCCCCCCUCUCCUUUGCCCGCCAGUGCAACACCCACACCAGUGCCCGCAGUGCCCCCUCUCCUUUGUCCGCCAGUUGCAACACCCACACCAGUGCCCGCAGUGCCCCCCUCUCCUUUGCCCGCCAGUGCAACACCCACACCAGUGCCCGCAGAGCCCCCCUCUCCUUUGCCCGCCAGUGCAACACCCACACCAGUGCCUGCAGUGCCCCCCUCUCCCGCCAGUGCACUACCUACAUCAGAGUCACCCACAAAAGAUCUGAAGAGAAAACUGGAGAAAUGUGGAGCAAAGCUCAGGGUGGCAAGAAAGAAAGUAAAAGUUUUACAGCAGAAAACCCAACGAAUUAA